AGACAACAGUCUCACCUUCUUGUGUUCGAUUGACAAAACAAAACAAAGACGUGAAUACGUAUCUUUCACAUCCAGUGACCUUUCUCCUUACGUGAUUUGUCUUUUCAGAAGGGCGAAUUUUACUGCCAUUUGUACUGAUCUUUUGUUCAGCGUAGCUUUCAGGUGUCUCUCAUCUCGCUGUAGCAAAAAUCAUAAAUGUGAAAGGGCUAGCCAUAAAUGUUGGCCAAACAUUUCUCUAAUAAAAGUAUCCUCCACUUAGAAGACGCACCAGUCUCGGAACAUUGAAACGUGCUCGAUCUGAGACAGUGUAGAAGAAGCUACACCCUGGUACGUCCACCAGAGGGGGCGCUGUAACUGUCACACCAUUGCCCGACUCGUGCCAAAACAACACUGAUGUCUUCACCAAUGUCCUCCAGAUCAGGUCAUGACUGUAAGCGAUAUACCACUUGAGACGGACGGAUGCAGAAGAAUGGAGCGAAGAAGAAGAAUGAGGGAGACGGGGAGAACAAAAAAGAAACGUGUGUAUUAAGAGAUUAGACGAGACAGAGCAACGGUGAUCUAAUCGAGUAAGGAACUGGCUGACAUUAUGAGGUAACUACAGUGUGGAAAAAUCGAUGCGUUUCCUCUCAGGGCUGGAGGGCCGGGUUCAGAGUCAGGUAAUACAAUAUGUGCAGUAUGAAGAGUAAUGAGACGCUCACAUUCUGAAUGCGGCUCCUCCAAGACGAGCUGCAUGGUCAAACACCUUCCAUCCUAAAAGACGACCCGCUGUAUCCAAGGCAACGAGUGCUUUCAGAGCCUGGAGUACAGCAAACACGGUUUUAUUAACGUGUUCCCUCAAUGCCACAACUGUUUCAACAACCUUGAUUGUAAAAGUUUCUCUCCCGUUCAUUCCUUCCAGGUGUUUCAGGGAAAUCUCCGACAAACGGUUUAAAGCGACAAGUCUACAAGACGAAUCAUGAUCUUAUUAACAAAUGAAAUCUAAAAAUAGAUUUUAAAAAAUAUUGAACAUAACCUUAACGGAAGCCCGUUUCCACCACGGAGAAAAGGAAUAAGGUUAUUUCGCAUAACUCGGAAUUUUCAUCUCGCAAUUGUGCGUUCAUGUCGCACGAUUUUGACUUUCUCGCAAUUACGAGUUCACGUCUCGCAAUUCUGACUCUUUUCCUCGCAGUUUAGACGUCCACUUGACCUUUAGUGAGUCACAAAGAAUGCAUAAAUCAUUCUCUUUAAAUAUGCUAUAUACAAUAAGAACAACACUCUUUAGCUAGUCAAGAGAAGGAGAACCAGACGCUUACGCGCGCUCUUUACCUGAAGCGAGUCUAAAUUGCGAGUAAAAAAAAAAAAAAGUCUGAAUUGCGAGAUCGUAAUGUUGUAAUUGCGAGAAAUAAAGUCAAAACUGUGUGAUGUGAACUCGCAAUUGUAGGGGGGAAAAAAAUGGCAGAAUUGCGAGAUUUAAACCCGAGUCAGAAUUGUGCGCUAUAAAGUCCCAAUUUACAUCACAUAAAAGUCGCAAUUACAUUAUAAAAUUUUUCUCUGUGGCAGAAACAGACUUCCAUACAUACGAUGAUAACGAGUCUUUCUUAGUCACGUAUACAUUAGAGCACAGUCAAAUUCUUUUCUUCGGAUAGCCCAGCAUGUUAGGAAGCCGGAGUCAGGGCGCAGGGUCGGCCAUGAUACAGCGCCCCCUGGAGCAGAGAGGAUUAAGGGCCUUGCUCAAGGGCCCAACAGUAACAGCUUGGCAGUGCUGGGGCGUGACCCCCGACCUUCCGAUCAGUAACCCAGAGCCUUUAAACUUUGCGCCACCACAGACAUAAACAAAUAAAACCUUAAGACAAAAAUAAAUAAAUAAAAAAAGAUACAAAUAUCCACGAGUUUAAUUGUUAAUAUUCACACCACAGCGCUGCUGGAUUCUGCAUUCUGAUUGGUCAGAAGGUGUUGAUUAAUGCUCUAGAACAGCACCUCUGACAAUAGUGCAGCUGCAAAUCACAGGCUUAUAUUAACGUGCUUGUAUAUUAAUGCCUUAUCGUUUCUAUAGUAACAGUGUAAACCAGGGCUAAGAUGAUUAUUAUUACACGUCACUCUCAGAAAACAAAUCAGAAAACCAGCUUCCAAAAGAAAAAGUUCUCUUUUUUUGUUGUUGUUAUGUUUAUAAAUGAGAUAAUUUCCCCCCAAAAUGUAAAAUUACUACUGCUGCUGCUGUUGUUAUUGUAAUCAAAUGUUCUCGCGGUGAUGUCAGCAGGCAGGCUGUUGCGCAUGCGCAGUGUGCUCCGGCUCGGGGCAGGGCGCGGAUCGCGCGCGGUGAAUGAAGAGGAGGCACCGGAGCGGCGGCCUGCUGUUUCUAUGGUGAAGAUGGCGGCGCCUGUGCUGAGCGGCCGGAGCGGAUCAGCGAGCAGCAGCAGCAGCCCGACCGCUGCGGCCAACUACACCAUCAACAACCGGCUCGUCUGCGCGCCCGAGCUCGAUUUCAGGUCCGGAACCAGAAUGGACGAACUGAACCGACUCAUUCAGGAAUUCAGCAAACACGACCAGCGCGAGUACGACGACCAGCGCGCGCUGGAGAUCCACACGGCCAAGGACUUCAUCUUCUCCAUGCUCGGCAUGGUGCAGAAGCUGGACCAGAAGUUGCCGGUUGCUAACGAGUACCUGCUUUUGUCGGGUGGAGUUCGUGAUGGCGUCGUGGACAUGGAUCUGGAUGAACUGGGAGUGUAUAACCGUGGCUCAGACUACGACAUGGCCUUCACUUUGCUGGUCCCUGCACUGAAGUUGCACGACCGCAACCAGCCCGUCACGCUGGACAUGCGUCACUCGGCACUGGGCCACUCCUGGCUCAGCCUGCGGUUAUUCGACGAAGGCACCAUUACACGCUGGAGGGACUGCUGCAUGAUGGCAGACCACAUAAACGGCACCACUAACUACUUCUUCUCACCCACCCUGGUGGCCGACUGGUUCCAGGAAGCGGUGGCGCUGGUGCUGGCCGAGGUACAGCGCAAGCCGCAGCGAGGAAUGCCGAGGGUGGAACGGGUGGAGCGCCACAACACACUUCUCUCGAUGAUCCUUGGUGUGGGAAGCAGCCGUAUGCUGUAUGACAUUGUACCGGUGGUGUCGUUCAAAGGUUGGCCUGCGGUCGCUCAAAGCUGGCUGAUGGAGAACCACUUCUGGGAUGGGAAGAUCACAGAGGAGGAGGUCAUAAGUGGUUUCUACCUGCUUCCCGCUUGCUCGGUUUCCGGUCGAAGGGAAAACGAAUGGCGGCUAUCCUUCGCCCGCAGUGAGGUUCAGCUAAAGAAGUGCAUCUCACCAGGCCUCAUGCAGGCAUACCAAGCCUGUAAGGCUAUUAUUGUCAAGAUGCUUGCUCAACCUAUGGUUGUUGGCCCCUACCACUUGCGCAGCAUAAUGCUGUGGGCCUGUGACCGCCUGCCAGCAAACUACUUGGCACAAGAAGACUUUGCUGCCCACUUUUUGCUGGGUCUCAUCGAUGACCUGCAGCACUGCCUUGUCAACAAGAGCUGCCCCAAUUAUUUCAUCCCACAGUGCAACAUGUUGGAGCACUUGUGCGACGAGACGGCGAUGUUUCACGCCCGCAAACUCGCGCUGGUGCGCUCUGACCCGGCCGAACACCUUCGCGCUACCAUCGAGCAAGCUAAGAGUGCUAACCGUUUGACGCAAGAAAUGCAGAGGCGUGGAAGUUCCUCUGGUCUGCCUUCACCGCAAACCGACGCUUCCUCGUCCGAUCACCAACAACCCGAUGACCGACUAGCCAAAAAACUCCAACAACUGGUCACCGAGAACCCAGGGAAGUCCAUCUCGGUGUUCAUCAACCCGGAUGAUGUCUCACGUCCACACUUCCGCAUCGACGAUAAGUUCUUCUAAGAACCAAGGAACUCUUCCGUACAGUCAGGUGAAGCGUGUUACACGGUGUUGAAGUAAACCUGUCCAUUACACAGCGAUCCUAUGUCCAGUGUGGUGUGGUGUUGGAGAAUGUUCUCUGGGAGAAAUGUGGACUGAAAAUGGGGUCCAAGCAGCAUCCCAAAGCCUUCUGGGAAUAGAGAACUCUUAGUAAAAAAAAAUUCUUCUCUUUUCUGAGGUGUACUUGGACAUGCAAAAGUGCUGCACAGCCUAACGCGUCAUAUACGAAAAGUCCGUCUUUUUUUUUUUUUUUUUUUUUUUUUUUUUUUUUUGACACGUUCAGGCCAGCAAUUGCUGCAACAUCUGGAAAUACCGUAAAAACGUCAUCCGUGAUCGUGAAUAUACUGGAGAAGUCUAGAGACUAACGAAUAACGAAUCAGAUUCCUGUGUUUCCUAGCUAGUCCUACAUAUGCUUUCUAUCAUGUUCAACCUUUUGUGUUUCUUUUAUGGAUGAACAAUGUACAAAAAACAUCUGGUUUCGAAACGAUGGUAUGUCAAAAAAGAUGGCCAACAUUUUAUGAUUUUUUUUUUAUAUCUGGCUAAUGGAGAACACUCAAAAUACAACUUUAAGUGCAAUUAAUGAAAAGUACAAUUACAGUAAGAGGCUUUUAUAUAUGCUGUUUUUUGUUUGUUUUUUUGUUUGUUUGUUUGUUUUUUUUUUUUUCCAGUCAGAAGAAUGCAAGUUUAAUAUUUGGUCGGCUGUGUAAGAUCCCAAAGCAUCGCUGCUAUCAAAAAUGUAUGAAAUUUCAUUUUUAAAAAAAAAACAAACAAAACAUUUCAACGGCUAUGGCUAACCAUUGUAAUCAAUCAAAACGUGCAUAUCAUAUAUCAUUAUAACAAAUGUAUCAUUCAUCCAAAAGAGAGCAAUUUGAAGAGGGUACGUUUGUACUACGACAGCUCUCCAAGCGAAAUUAUAGGUCGCCGGUAUUGUAUCGCUUGUAAAAAAAAAAAAAAAAAAAAAAAGAAGUGGGGGGAAAAAAACAGGAUUGUGUAUAUGAAUGUCUUUGAUGUUGUGAACAAAAUAUGUCUUUUAAUUUUGCACAGAAAUGACUGGAACCUGCACUUUCUUGCAACCAGCAGCAGCUCGUGACUGUAGAUUUAAAAUAUUUAAAAGUCUUUUCAUGAUCGUUUGAGAGACACAACGAUGAUGAGCUACUUACAUUUGUAGACGGAAGUUUCCGGAGACUUCAUCCUCUAUUUUUUUUUUUUUUUCCCGAGCUGAGGCUUCGGGAAACAUGACGUCAUUUCCGGUAAGGGAACGCGGUGAGAACAUAGUGAGGACUUUGCGAUUGAGACAGCCCUUAAAAUGGCCGACUCUCUGAUCGGUACCCUGAUUACUGAACGAGGGAGCUGAUCGAGACACACCCUCUACCUUUGCAAUAAAUGUUACAAUAGAAAUAGUUCUUGUUUGUGGAAAUAAAACACGAUCUUGGCAGCAGUAGAGUAUUUCUGCGCAACCCUGGCAACCCUGUCAUAAACUGUCCUGGUUGGUGCAUGGGGCAGCGUGAUUCUUUCCCCAAUGGGCCAUUAUUAGUGAUGUUGCAGUUCCCAUUUUUGACCACUAGGUGCAAUAAUAAACUCUAUAGAACGGAAGUGGGCAGUGAGCAUGCUACACCUCGAUCGCGCUCCUAAUUAAUGGAACAUAAGCUUGCAUCUUUCAAAUAGUAGCAUUCGUUUAAAAUCGUUUGACAGUCAAAAGACACAGUUAAUAUUUCAGUGAGUUUUAAAAUGUAUGGAACUUUACGAAGAUUCAUAUUUGUUGACCUGCCCCUAUGGCUGAGCUGCUACUGCUUGCAUCAUUUUAACCAUGGCUAACGAACGAAACUUCUCAAACCCUAUUUCAGACAGCCCUUAUACUAUUGUAACGACAAUAACAAUAGGGACUUGUCGCUUUUUCACCACCUUUGACUAUUUCCUGUUUGCAUUUAUCCAUGAAAACGUUAGAGCUAGAAUUCACUGACGCAUUAUUAUGGGACCAAGCAUCUUAACACCGUUAUCCUUACCUCUAUUUCGAUUCCUGUUUAUUUGGAAUCGUUCUCGGAUGAACACUUCACUUCCUAAUCUAUUAUUUAUUAAUAGUCUCGUUUUCCCGACAUCACUCAUGCGCUUGCUGUCGAACAAAACAUCAGAACGUGCAGGUUUGGAGGAGUCGGAGAUUUUUGCGUAGGUUUCACUGUGCGUUGAUGUGCAAAUUAUGGAAAGGUAAUAAACUUGCUUAACAGGGCAUAUAAUAAUGCAA